AAUUUUAAGACACCUCUGCCUAACUACAGUGAACUAACCAGAAGUCUCGGAAUAUGCUCUGGUGGUCAUUUUACACAAGUUCAGGUGUCACAUCCAUGAAACCUACACCACUAACCAGCAUCAGUCCUACAACUUCACUCUCAAAUAUAAUAAAUUCUGGGACAAGCAGAAACUGUAUUUUUAGCGGUGCAUUUUGUGGCAGGCCAGACUGCUAUAAAGUGCACUCUCCUUGUAGCACCACUUCAUCUUGGUUCAGAAGAGAUGUCCUGGAUAUACGUGAUAAUGUAACACGUGUGUUUUUGUUUGUUCAUGUUUAGCGCGUUGGGUUGUGUUUUGAAAGCGAAUGUUACGUUUUUAAAGCGUGUUAUGCGACAGGUGUGUGUAGCACUUGUUACACAUCUCAAUGGGGGAGCCACACCUUUACCUGACGUACAACGUGACGUAUGGCGCACACUUUCAAAACAACAAUGGCGAAUAGAAGAUAUUGAUCGAGGCGGUUAAUGCUCCUUUCGCUGGUUGCCAACCACCAUUAAAUAACAACAAGAAGAAAAUAUUGAUCUGCUUUUCUUAGUUUUGCACGCUUAAGACGCGAUUCAGACUCAAACAAAGCUGCAAAGCAGGAGAACAACAUGACCAUCAACUGUUCUGUGCCACAGUCCCAGUUUGCUGCAGCACAUAGAGAUGAUGAGAUGGUGGAAGAACAACAGAGACAAUUUACGGACCGUUAAGAUGUGCAACUUAGAAGUAGUCAGAGGUAACUGGAUGGAGUUCAGUCAGGUUAAAUGCACGGUUGAUUGGAUUAUAUCUGAAGAUCGUAUGCUAUUCGUGACAACUCUGCUAGACUCCAAAUUUCUCAUCCAAUAAAUGCGGGAGUAUCUCAAAGUAAAUGAAACAUCUAAACUUAACACUUUUUCCCUAAAACGGACUGACAUGGGAAACAUUAAAGUUGGAUUGACACCAGCUAAUCAGUCUGAAGGAAUCACAGAACCAGAAGGGAGACCACUGAGGAGGAGUUCUGUAAGUUCACUGGUGACCUCAGCUGUCAAGUUCCUGGAUGUGGUUCAAAUCAUUGGAGAAGCAAGUGAUUAUAAUCAUCAUCUUUACAACGCUGUCAUUCAAGAAGCUGUGGCAAAAGCCGGCUGCACUAAUCAGACCACUUUGGAUGUGUCAGCAGUUGUCUACAAAGGGAUGGAGAUUGAAGAGGAACUCACAAGCCUCCUGCCGACACUAGACAGAGAGAAAAUAAUCUGCAUUGUAGAACAUCUGACGGACGUUAUCGGCGUACAACAAAAAAGUGACCUUUUGUUUGUGGAGGCGGAAGAUCUCAAACCCUUUCUCACACCAAUUCAAAUACGUAAACUACUUCUUGCAUUUAAAGGAGAUGGCAACAGACCAGAGAACCUGAAUGACACCAUUACUCUGGAGCCAUGCCCUGCUGCAUCAGCUGAGACAUCAAGCCAUCCACCUCACCCCUCCUCCUCCACGUCCACCACUAUGUACAACCAUUACUCCAGCUCUUGGGUCUCACACUUACAGAUUCCUUGGGAAAGAUUUCCACUCCGACUGUCGCAUGCAAUCACAAGAGGAGACAGAGCUCAUCCAGAGGACAGGAGAAGUAUGGUCAGAAUUGUUGUGGAGGCCAUGCAAGUUCACUGCAGGAACCCUAAACGUGCAUCUUGUGAAGAAGUUGCUAAAAUCAUUGUAAACAGAUACCCUCAGACAUUUGCAGAUUUUACUGACAAGGGAGAAAGACUGGGUUGUGGACAUUAUUCACUACUAAGAAGCAUCAAAUCUAGAGUUGAACAUGUUAAUCGAGAUAAUACAACACAUAGACUUCGUCAAACAAAGAGAACCAGGAAUGAGGAAGACUGCAGUCCCAACAGUAGUGCAACCUCACCUAAAAAAGUUAGAUGCCUUGUUGAUAGCUAUGGUUGUAUAAAUUGGCAGCCAGUUGACCUUCCUGAGGGGGAAACGCCAGCUUCUUUAGAGGAAAAGAAGCACAUCUUGUUAACAGUUUUUAAUUCAGAAGGACCUGGAGCUGUGGAGAGACCUGAUGUGGAUGACUUCAUGUGCCUCACAUAUAUUUCUCAGCGGCAGCUUAUCAACAGUUGUCCCUCACUUUCAGUAGCUGAAAUUCAGGAGCAGUGGCCAUUCUUAUUUACUCGGAAAGGUCUUUCGAACCACUUUUACAAACUCACAGGCAUCGAUAUCAGUGGGCGCUUAGGUCAGGCCCUCAUAACCAAAGGCAGAAGGAUUAUUAACUAUUUCUCCAGCCAGAAGCUCAAAUGGAACCUUGGUAUAAGGACACUCAUCCAGCAGAUAGAAAGUGAGGGAGUUUUGACCAACAACAAGGUUGGCACAGCAGCCAUACUUCUCAUGAUGAAGUAUUACAAGGAAGAUGAAGACUCCCUCUUUGUCUUAGCAGAUGAAACAUCUACCAGGAUGUCCCUUGAAGCAGAGAGCAACCUGCCAAUCACUCCAAGGCUGAUUAUGCUUGGACAAAGUUUAAUGACCACCACCUGCUGGAUGGUGAGUGCAGAGGGGCGUGUAAUUGUUGAGCUGGACAAAGAGAACACCUUUGCUGAUGCGAUGUCAGUCUUCUUUGGUUCAUUCUAUGUAUUGAACCUGGAAUACCAGGAGUCAGCGUGUGCAACAUUGGAACUAAUUCAGAGGUUUUUUGUAAGGAUAAACCCUGAAGAGGGAACAAAAUGUACCUCCAAGGUUGGGACAAGCAGAAGGACUGGGACCAUUGUGAAGCGAAAGGUUGUUCACAUUAACCCUCAUGUCACAACUUUCCUCCAGCGGCUUACUGAAUUUGAGUGGAAAACUUCAAAUUAGAUGAUCCAUGGCCCAUGCUUUCUGGACAUUUACACAAGACGAACAACAAUGAAGACGAGCUCUCUCGCCAUCUUGCAAGACGCUGUCUCUGUCCAAUAGGUUUUUUUGAGUGCAACAGUUUUGAUUUUUUUUUCCUCCUUUUACCCGUUUGUUGAAAAUUAUUUCAGCUACUUACACUUUAAUUGUCACAUGUAUUGGCUCACCCUACAAAUCAAUGAACUCAGUCCACAAAGCAAGAUCAGGGUUCAGUGCAGGUCAGUCAAGUUCCUUCACACCACACAUGCUCAUCCAUUUCCUUGUGGACCCUGUUUUGUGCAUUGAUUUGGUGGUGUGAGCCAGUAUUUUGGUUAAAGUGUAUAUAAAAGGUGGGGCUUGAUAUUAUAUUCAUUACAAUUCAGUUUAUUUGUAUGGUGCCAACAAAAUGACUGCCAAGGCACUUCACAUUGUAGGUUUAAGACCCUACAAAAUAUAACUGAG